GUACAGUGUCAAACGAUGAAUCACUUGCACAAGGCAGUGUGCCGUUCGGUUGCCGCAACUAGUAAUUUCCAGUUCGCUGUCAUUCUGACAUAAGCUGAUCUCCGUCUAGUCAGCGGACUAUUCGUCGAUAGGUGAAGAUCAAAUGUUAUUUUAGGACGGACCGAGGACAAGAAAGACGAUCGAGAGUAACUUGAGGAAUGGCUGCAUCUAAGUGUACGCGACUGACUGGAGUUCUGAGCAGACAGUUACUGGACUCUGUGGACAGUGUGCUGUUUGACUGCGAUGGCGUAAUAUGGAGAGGGGACCAAGCCAUCCCUGGAGCCCCUGAGGUUAUCAAUUCAUUGAAGAAAAACGGAAAACGGGUGUUUUUUGUCACAAACAACAGCACGAAAACCCGACAAAUGUACGCGGAUAAAUUAGGCAAACUCGGUUUCGAUGCCUCCGCGGACGAGGUGUUCGGGACCGCGUACUGCUCGGCGGUGUACCUCAAAAAUGUCUGUAAACUCGACGGAAAAGUCUAUUUAAUUGGGAGCAAUGCGAUGAGGCAGGAGCUCGAGGACGUGGGGAUCCGGCCGGUCGGUGUGGGGCCUGACCCCGUCUCAGGAGUUCAGAAAGACUGGGCGAAUGUUCCUCUCGAUAAUGAGGUUCGAGCUGUACUGGUCGGCUUUGAUGAGCAUUUCAGUUACAUGAAGCUCAACAGAGCUCUGCAGUACCUGUGGAACCCCGACUGUCAGUUCGUGGGAACUAACACGGACACGAGGCUGCCUCUGGAGGGAGGCAAAGCGGUCCCGGGGACAGGGUGCCUCCUAAGGGCGGUAGAGACCGCUGCGCAGCGCCAAGCUCAAGUGGUCGGAAAGCCCAACAUCUUCAUGUUCGAGUGUGUGGCCAGCCAGUUCGGUCUGGACCCUGAGAGGUGUCUGAUGGUCGGAGAUAGACUGGACACGGACAUCAUGCUAGGCUCAAACUGUGGCCUGAAGACCCUGCUGACCCUCACGGGAGUUUCUACUGUAGCAGAAGCUGAGGCAAACCAGAAGAGUGAAUGUCCACAACGGCAGAAAAUGGUGCCUGACUACUAUAUAGAGAGCAUUGCUGACAUUUUACCUGCACUACAAGCAUAGUCAGCGUCUGCUUGGAAUUUACCCACUUUAAUAGAGAAUAUUUAUCAAUAUAUGGGUAUCAAUAUUUUAAUAUUACAGUUCAUCUAAAUAGGUUUAAUAGAAAUUGUUUGUCUCUACAAAUAUAUGCAGUAUGUCAUCAAGGCUUCAUUUCAAACUGGCCUACCUCUUUUUUUAAAUAUCCCACCGUUUUUAUUUUAAGGUAAUAUAAGGGCAAUACGUUUUCAUUUUAGUGUUAAAGUUUGUUUUAUUUUGUCUAAAAAAAAUUGUAAUAUGUGUUUUCUGGUCAGUAACACUCAGGUGCUACAAAACAAGUGACCCUUAGUCUAAAUUGUGCCGUUUGUUUUUAUUUUAUCAGAAGUACUUGUUCAAUUCUGUACUGUUAAUUCACUGUACUUGUAAUAUAACGAGUGAGAGAAUAUUAUGAAUAUUUUUAAUUAUUAUAUUUUGCACUUGACAGCUUUGUCACUCACGAACCCGUAAACCUGGUAGGAUUUUACUUCUUCACCAUGGUUUGAACAAAGUGUUCAUUUUGCUUAACGGAUCAAAUAAA